AUGAAAGGACCCGCCCGUCAUUCGUAUCGACAGCGCCUAAUCAAGCUUCAGGAUGGACGGCGGGAGCUGCACGCGACCCUUUGUCGACCGAAGGCAAAAUCACCUGUUUCUAAGGUACCUGUAGCAUCAUGGUACUGGCAUACACAACCUCCAACCCGGCGGAAUUUAGCUGCCGCUAAACACUUUUUUGAGUUCACCCGGCCUUCAAGACAAUGGACUGGAGAACUCUGGCGAAAAGAACGCAGCUCCGAGCCACUCCUGCGGCCUGAAGUCGUCUUCCUCGGUCGUUCAAAUGUCGGCAAAUCCUCAUUGAUCAAUGCCCUUACUUAUUCCGACCUCAAUCGAGUCAGUGGGACGCCCGGGGCGACGAAAGUCAUGGCAGCUUGGUCGCUCGCAGCACGAACUCCGGACGGCGGAGCCAUAAAAGGAUGGGGCGGAGACACCAGCAACAAACUCUCACUGAUUGAUAUGCCAGGCUAUGGGUAUGGCAGUUCUACGUCAUGGGGAUCUUCUAUUAUCUCAUACCUGCGCCAGCGCAAGAAUGUUCGGAGAGCAUUCCUGCUCGUGGAUCCGCUAAUGGGGGUGUCGCUCAGCGACCGUCAUAUGCUGGAGAUCCUGUGCGAACUUGCAAUUCCAUAUCAGAUCAUCGUCACAAAAUCGGACCGGAUCUCUUUCAAACAUUCCCCGACCGAAAUGCGUUCCACCUUGAAAAUCAUUCGCUCCCAAGCAGAUCUAGAUGGAAACUCCCAAUUGGGCUUGGGAGAGAUUAUUGCGGUCGGAUCUCUUCACGGCACCACGGUGAGCAAGACGGGGAGACUUAUAACAUCGCCAGGUGCUUUUGGAGUUCCCAACGUUCAGUGGGCAGUGCUCCGAGCCACGGGCCUGGAUACAUACGCAAUGGAAAAAGCAGAAUCACACGGAAUAUUGCAGAACUUUCCGGCCGAAAACAACGCUCUUGCACCUUUUGGAACUGACGGCCUUGACCUGUUUGCGAGUACGUAUCGGCCGUCUAACGAGAACCUUGAUAGAGACUCCGCGUACAGAGCAAAGAGCUCUCUGUUGGACCCUGACCCUGAUACGUCUCCUAUGUCGGCCUCUGAUUCAUCCCUCCCAGCUUUAAGUGUGGAAGAAUUCAUGCACGAAAUUCUAAAUUCUAGCGCUCAAUCAUAUGAGGUUGCAAACGAGGGACGCCCUGAACAAAGACAGACGGCAAAGAUAUACGAACCACUGCCAGCAUCACAUGACCGAUCCCGAUCAGGUACUCAUGACCAAAAUACCACUGUAGACGACAUUGAGUCAAGAGCGUACAAGCUUUUCGCGGGCAAAGAGGAGAGCAAGUCAAAUCAACAACAAUUUAAUGACAGAGGCGUCCCCAACCAGGUGAAUCGCGUUCAAGAAGUCUCGAGCAAAGAGACACAAAUCUCGCAGCCGAGCAUCAAUGGCCAAGGCGUCAUUCGCGGGGUGGACGCCUUUAACGCCCUAUUCGCCAAAGCACAGCCUCAGGGUCGUCAACGCGACAGUGGAAGGCCCAAGCGUGGUGUUGCUGCUCCGAAAGACGCAAGCAUACCGCAGCCAGAGAAGCAGCAGCAACCGGCUCUGGUGGGCAAGGGGGUAACUCGGGGCAUGGAUGCCUUCGAGUCCAUGUUUGAGGACAGUGUGUUAACCAGAAAUUCUAAACGUUCGUCAAAGAGCCGACGUCGAUCGUCCCGCUGA